ACUUCCUUGUUUGUCUGACUGAUUCUCUCUGCCUGCCUCUCCUCAGACUGACGAUGGCUGAAUCCCAGCUGGGUGGAUUACAGGAUGAGAUCACCUGCUCGGUGUGUCUGGACAACCUGACUGACCCCGUCACCAUCCCCUGUGGUCACAGUUUCUGUCUGAAGUGCCUCACGGACUGCUGGGAUCAGAGCCAAGAGUGCAGCUGUCCUCAGUGCAGACAUGUCUUCAUGCUGAGGCCUGAACUGAAGAGAAACACUCUGCUGAAUGAAGUCGUCAAGAAAUUAAAGAAGACGGCACUCAGUUCUCUGCCAUCUAAGAAUUUUGCUAGCCUUGGAGACGUGGAGUGUGACUUCUGUACUGGGAAGAAGUUCAGAGCGGUGAAGUCCUGUCUAACCUGCUUGGCCUCUUUCUGUCAGAUUCACCUGCAGCCACACUAUGAAGUAGCAACCUGGAAGGGACACAAGCUGACUGAUCCUGAUAGAAAUCUGAAGGAGAAACUCUGUGAGAAACAUCAGAAAAGUCUGGAGAUGUUUUGCAGAACCGACAAGACAUACAUCUGCAUGAUGUGUGGAAUGACUGAACACAACAGUCAUGAAAAGGUUGAGCUGAAGACAGAAAGAGAAGGAAAACAGAAACAGAUGGGGGCGACACUGAGGGAAAUUAGGAGGAGACUUGAAGAGAAGGAGAAGAAACUGAGGGAGACGAGGAAGACAGCAGAGGAGAUGAAGAUCUCUGUGGAAAGAAUGGUGGAGGAACAUGAUAAGAGCUUCACUGCUCUGAUAUGGUGCAUUGAGGAAGCCAACAAGAAACUGACUGAGAAGAUCAGAGAACAAGAAAAGAUUGAAAUGGAGAAGGCUGAAGGAGUCAUGAAGCAACUGGAGAAGGAGAUUGAUGAGCUGAAGAGGAGAGAAGCUGAGCUGAAGGAGCUUUCAGAGACCAACGACCAUCUCCACUUCUUGCAGACUUUCUCAUCUUGCUGUGUCCUUCCUACUGAUGAAGACUCACUCAACUUGACUUUCACUGCCAAUUUCUCUGAGGACCUGCUAAAGGAGCUGUCAGGUCUGAAAAAGCAUCUGGAGAAGGUCGGGCCAAUGGGACAUCCUGCCUUUGACUCCAACAGUUCAAAUACAGAUAACAAGAACAAGAACAUGUACAAGUACAACUAA